AUGCUAAUUCCGUUUCUAAAAAUAUCAGAUUUCUUAUUGAUAUUUACUUCACAACAUCAUGUUGCUAAUGAAUUGUUUUCUACUUUGUCGAAGAGCUUCAGGGAUUUGGUGUAUGAAAGUAAUGAAAAUGGAAUCAUAAAUGUCAAAGUCAUGUUAAGAAGUUUUAGCAAAAAGAAGUGA